AUGUCAUGGACUGCAGUUUUAAAAUCUUGCUCUUCUAGUUUGCGAAAUUCGUUACGAUACAUACAGCUGGGUAAUUGUACUUCCGAAAAGGGACUCUUUGGUGAGGAAUUGCUAAAGCACCCAUCCGGCUUCAAAUUACUGAAUGAAAAAGUCAGGAAACGAUCAUUUGAAUUGGUUGACAAGAUUGUCAAUCGAAAGUGUGAUAAGAAAGUUGUUGAAGUUUUUGAUGAUUUAUCAAAUGAAAUAUGUAGCGCUGCAGAUUUGGCUGAGUGCGUUCGGAACAUGCAUUCGGUUGAAGAAUUUAGCGCAGCAGCGCAAGAAAGCAUGAAGGAUUUCACGGAACUUGUAGAAAGUUUAAAUACCAGAUCUGAUUUGUACAAAGCACUGAAAGACUCGAUAGAAGCAGAAAAUAGUUCUUUAACAGACAUUGAUAAACGCACAGCUUUGUUAUUCCUCGAUGAUUUUGAGCAAGCUGGCGUCAGUUUAGCUGAAACUCAAAAAUCUGAAUACGUAAGGCUUAGCAAGGAGAUCUUCAUGGUUGGUUCACAAUUUACGCAUGGUGCCGAGCUACCUGUUACGGUUUCACCAUUUUAUAGUAAGAUGUAUGGAGUGAAACGCCAUCUUUAUAGUCCAAAUGCACUUGCAGUUAACCGUACUACCAGACAAUGGUCUUAUGCUACUUAUUACUCAUACAAUGAAGAGCAAGAGAAGCGUUUACGCCAUCUGAUUACUUGUCGACAUUUGUUGGCUCGACUUACUGGUUACCAGUCUUAUGCUCAUCGCGCUCAACAAACUUCGUUGCUCGGUUCAUACGAAAACGCUUAUGACUUCUUGAUUGAAGUCAUUAGAUCAUGUCAACCAUCAGCCGAACAGGAGUUAGCCGUGCUGGCUGAUGUUUUAGCUCAGGUUGAAUCGAAGCGAGAACAUUUGUGCGAAUCUGAUUUAACAUAUCUUUGUAUGCUAUAUCGUGAGAAUGCUUUUGGUCAGUUACAGCAUCUUUCCAGAUAUUUUUCGUUUAGUAAUCUCCUAAGAGGAUUCGAAUUAAUUACAAAACGACUGUACAAUGUCUCUUUUUCGGUUCUGAUGCCUGUUACUGGAGAAGUUUGGCCAGGAAAUGUCAUUAAGAUUGAUGUUUUUCAAGGCGGCAGCCAAUUUUUGGGGACGAUUUACAUUGAUAUUCAAGAACGACAGACGAAAACAGCAGGCGACUGUCAUUUCACUGUUCGUUGCUCCAAGCAGUUAGAUGAUGGGUCGUACCAAACACCAAUCGUUGUUUUAUCAUUGUCGUUAACGAAAGAAUUGGAAAGCAUUGAGAAUAUUUUUUUGAGCCCCCAUCAAGCUGAAAAUUUUUUUCACGAAAUGGGACAUGCGAUGCAUUCAAUGCUUGCUCGAACGCAGUACCAGCAUGUUGCUGGAACUCGUUGUUCAACUGAUAUGGCGGAAGUCCCAUCCAAUCUGAUGGAAUAUUUUUUUAAUAACAUUGACGUUUUGCGGGAAAUAGCAAAAGAUAAUCACGGACGUGCAAUAAGUGUCGAGGACGCUGCUUCUCUCAUAACAUCACGAUUCGCUUUUACAUCUUUGGAAAUGUUACAACAGGCCGUGUACAGUCUUUUUGAUCUUGAAGCACAUGGUGGCAAUGCUGAAGGUAUAAUGAAUGGUCGAGUUUCAGCGGCCGAUUUAUAUUCAUCGAUUUGGUUGUUAGUUUUUCCAAAUGUCAAGAAAGAGACAAAUUCCGCGUGGCAUCAUCGAUUUACACAUUUGGUACCAUAUGGUGCAAAAUAUUAUUCCUAUCUAGUAGCAAGAGCUACAGCUUCGUUGAUUUGGAAUACCAGGUUUCGUGACUGUCCGUUUUCCAGGGAGAAUGGCCUUGAAUGGGCAAAGGUACUAUCGAAAGGUGGCUCGUUACCCGCGGCCGAUUUGUUGAAUUCGGCUCUUGGUUAUUGGCCAACAGGACAAAAUUUAGCAACGGCACUAAAAGAAGAAGCUGAUCAAACUUGCCAACGUUCAGCCGUUAGUGUAUAG